UUAAGCCUUUUUUCGGCUCUCCAGUCACUUUCGCACCCUGUAAAAACCAGUUUUUCAGCGUAAGUUUUGAAGGCUGAGAUCGAAAGGGGUGAACCGGCAGUGACCAUGUCACCAGCCUGCAUGUUCUGAAGCAUCCUCUACAUGUAUCCGUAGGAGUCCGCUACCGUAUUAUAACUUGCUUAGCAUGACGAUCAUCAAAGAGGAGGACGUAUCCAACGUUCCCUCCCACGAAGGGAGCACCGAUGUGGAAUCGGCGGAUCCAAGCGAGCCCAAAGAUGCGACGAUGGAUAUCUCCGCAUCGGCCGAUGCUGCCAGGGCAGAGAUCCGAAGAAUGGCGGUCGAGAAUGCCAACAUCCCUCCUCCGUACGGAGACAUGACAAAGCAGUUGGCUUUGACAGGAAAUUGGGGAGACCAAGACAUGGAGCAAGUCCAAUCGACUACAAAUGACCAUGAACUGAGGCUGGAUUCUCUAGAGAUUUGUGUGGGACACCUCAUGGAAGAACUAGAAGACAAGGCCAUGGAGAAAAUGGCAACCCGCUUGGAAAAGAGAAUUUUGGAAAAGGUGCUAGCCAUGCAGGAAAAAACAGAGGGAGACGGAAAAGACGAUGACGACGACGAUGAUGGCACCGAACUCAGCGAAUCGGAUCAGAAAACCCUGACAGAAGAUACCUUCAGUUUUGUGCUAUCAUCCAAAACGUGUUCGCCCCCUUUUCUGUUGGGGAUGGUGGUUGUGUCCCUACAAGUUGCCAUUUUCAUCUUGGUGGGCCUCAACACGUUGGAUAUCAGUGAUGGAAACAAUCCCUUUGGGGUUCCAAUCAACGUUAGUGAGGUGGUCCGUAUCACGCAGCUUGUCGCCAUCUUUAUUGCCGUUCUCUUGCAGCAUGAUUUGUUUACAUGCUUUGAUCUCAUCAGGGACGGAUACAGCGAACAUUUGAGGAAAGCUUUCCCCCACGCGACAUUACUCAAGUUUGUCUUCACGGCAGCAAUUCGCUUUUUCGAGGGUGCUCUCUGUCUCCUGUUAAUGUUUGUCUUGAUUGUGCAGUCAGAGUCAGUCCUGGACGUGUUGCUCAACUUUACAGCCGUGGAGUUUGUGUCCCAAUUCGACGAAGCCUUCUUUUACUUGGCAUCACAGGGGUUUCUCGGCCGCUACUGCGAGGAUGAAGCCACAAACGUCACAGAUACCCCGUACUUUUCCGAAAACGUUCGCUUUCAGAGGUUCCGAAAAUUUGUUCUCAUGAUGGUUGCCCUAGUGACACUGCUAUUAGGCUGGGGUAUCCUCAUCGAACAGCAAAAGGCAGGUCGAUUCGUCUGUUCCACCAUCAUUGUGCAAUUUGAUGAUAGCAUGAUUCCAGAGCUGGGGACUUUCAGUGGCCUCUACGACAAGUACGUGGCUCCCAGAAACGGACUGGGGUCAAAGAGAGUGGAAUACAUUGAACGGCGUUCAGGUCGGGCUAAGUUUGCCUAUUGCGAUGACAUUGAGGCGUGGACGUUUCGAUGGUAUCAAGCUGAGCUCGAUGACAUUGAGGAUGAUCCAUGUGAGUGGGUGGCUCGAUCGUCGCCAACAGAGACAUUCGACCUAACAGAGACAUCGGAGGGUGAUUGGUUCAUUCAAGACGAACACAACCGAGUGGUGGUAUUGGAUCAUUUCUUUUUGGCGUGCAACGACUGUGACGACAACGACUGCAAUGAUCGAGGAGAGUGUGAAAAUGCAGUGUGCACGUGCGAGAGCAACUACACAGGCUUGAACUGCGAGUUCGCUAAGCCUUGCCCGACCCUGGCAACAGAUGUUAGACAUGGCGACUUUCCCGGAGACAGAGAUUGGUCUUCCCAAUUCAAACUGCUGAGGCACGGGAACGAACCUGUCCUAUCGUAUCAUCGCCCUGUCUACGUGUACUUUGGAAGAAAUGCAGAGUUCGAGCUUUUAUUCUUUACCGGGCGACGAUGGGUGGCUUCCCACAACAACUACUUGCCAGACGUGGGGAAGGAUACUUCGAACAUAGUCCUUUCGCUGAUCUACUUCUUCCGAAACUUCCAUGCUCACUACUCUCUCUACAGGGUGGGCUUUAUAAGCGAACCGAUGGAUAUUGGUACAGAAAACGACGCAGUGACGCCGAUUGGCAUCUCCUGGGCCCAAGCGAAGUCGAAACCAGCGAAUGAAACGGGAAUACAGGAAAUAUCGCUCAGAGACGUCGAAACUAUUUUGCUCUGUUCGUUUUGUGACGAGGAGAUUCUCUGUCGAUAUGACGGGGUGUGCAACGAAGGUACCUGCACUUGUAGCAUCGGCUCAGAAGGUAGUGUUUGCGAAAAAGCGCCUACUGGAAAUGGCCACUGCGACCCCCACUACAAUAGGGAGAUAUACGAUUAUGAUGGUGGAGAUUGCUGCUCCUUCAGUUGUGAGAGUAGCGAAGAUUUCAAAUGCGGCAUGGAUGUCACGGGGUACAUUCCACAGCUUUAUCCAUUCUGCAAGGUGCAAACCCCUGGUUUGUGGCAUCUGAAUGGGGAUGGCAUCGAAGGGCAGCAGGAUGCAGACUUUGGGCAUCACAUAGCAAUAUCCGAGAGUGGAAACAUCUUGCUUGUCACAGGAGCUUCAUUGGAUCAAGGCUAUCAUAUUUUUGACAACGACGGAAAAAAUUGGAACCUGCGAUAUGAAUCAAAGUUUGCUGGCAGUGUGAAGAAGGCGAGUGAGGUUCAGAUUGUGGAGGAGAAGUAUCGUGUGGAAUCGAAGGCUUCUCGUGUGGUGCCUGUCACUGUCUCCAUAUUCGUGGCCCCUGAUUUCAACGAGGAUACCCCAGGCCAGAUCUUUAUCUUUGACUGUGAGUCUCAAUGCGGAUCAGUUCGACAUAUUGAAAAUGUCUGGUAUGCCGACAUGGCACGAAGUGGGGUGAUUGCGAUUGCUACAGGUGAUCAUUACUCGAACAUUUCAUUUGUGGCGGUGCAUGAUAGUAGGAGCUACGAAGAUGAUUCGCCUCCGUCCACGUCCUUCUGGGGCUCUCAUGAUGAACUUUUGGAGGAAAUAUCGAUAUCAGAUGAUGGCAGGACUAUUGCUUUGCUCACAGCAGAGGCAACCGAAACCGACAGGGGAGAUCAUCGGAGGUUUAUCCAGGUGUACACUGCAGAUGAUGGCACCGAGUACAGGAAGAGGGGAUCCAGUAUUUACAUGGAUGAUAGAGGGCAAAACGAUCCUGCCGACUUUUCCAGGCUUGCCUUGUCCCAAAAUGGCGACGUCCUUGCUAUCGUCCAAUGUGACGCGUGGCAUCGGGUCAUUGUGUAUGCAUGGAAUGACGAUGGAGCAGACUGGGCCCCUAUAGAGUCUCCACCCGUUGGUACUGGUGGUAUUGAAUGCCGAGUGGAAGCCGAGAAUGUCAUUAGGCCGGCAUUGAGUCUGUCGGGUCGGCAGACGAUGGUGUUUUCGGAUUUCUCUGAGGUGGAGACACCAAAGGUCGACAACAGCGUCUAUGUAUUCGGUUGGUCAGUAGACGUUGGAUGGGAAAUCCUAGGCCAGAAGUUGCCAGGUGGGCCUAUCAAUGCAGUAUCGAUGUCGAACGAUGGCUUUGUUUUGGCGCACGGUUCUCCUUUGGAAAGGGACGAUGGGCUCGGAUUGGCAAAAGUUUACUCGCGCCCAAAGACUGCGUGGUGCCCUCCACGAAGUUCUUCGUUCAGGCUUUCAAUGGCGAUGGACGAAGGGGAAGGGGACACGAGGUGGUUCCUUGUCCAGAAUGCAACAAAGGAGAUCAUUCUGGCCGGCGUUGUUCCAUAUAACUACGAACCGAUUGUGGCAGAUACCUGCUUGCAAGACCUGGAAUCGGAAUGUUACGAACUCCUUCUGUUUGACGAAUUCAACGAAGAUGGGAUCGCCGAACCUGGGGGUUUCGCUCUGUACUUGGAUGGUAAAAAGCUGCCCGUGAAACCUUACGAUCAUGGCCCAGUCAAACAUAUCUGGAUCGGGAACUGCCAGGCACAACCAAGUGCAAGUGAAAGAUGCGGAUCAUAUUUGUCAUAUUUGCAAAUCUACUCUUCACCGAAAGAUUCGGUGGAUAGUUUCAAAUGGAGCUUGUUCGACUUCAACACUGACGAAGUUAUUUUGCAACAGGAAUCGUCGAAUCGGAGCGAUGAAGUGUUGAGGGAACAACACAUCUGUGUGAACAUAGAGGAACGUUGUCUCGUUCUUACGUUGAUCGAGGGUCCGAAUGAGAGAAACUUAAUCAGUGAUUUCAUACACGUUGGCUUGGAUGGUGAGGGCUUGGAACACGACAAAGACAUUCACGAAGAAAGAUUUUUCCUUGGAGAAAACAAAUGCUGUCCUGCCAGUCUCGCCCGAUUCUCAGCCAUAAUCAGGGUUUGCGAAAGCGCUGCAUGGACCGUCAGUACCAUGGAUGGAGAAGUCUUGGCGACUGGUAGCGCAGGCGAGAAUCACGGAGGCCGCCUUCUAAAUGCAACCGCGAACGCUUGCAACCCGCAUACAGACCCAGUGGAUGUUUACUUCGAAGAUCUUUGCCUUGACCCAUCUCAAUGCUACUACUUUUCCUUUGUCGGUGAUCACACCGGAGCAGCUCUGUCGUCGGUCAUGCCUUACUCCUAUUGGCAGAUGGCGACUCGCCCCGGGGGUGCCUACUUUGGCACCUGCGAAAGCAACAGCACGAUCGAAAUUGAACCAAUCCACCUGGCUGAUGGCGUUCCAUUGUACGGGCAAGCAACCAACCCCUUCUUCUCUCCUCAGUACACUGUGGGGCCAGUCAGCGAGGGCAGAGAGGUCACUUGUACGCUGGAAGGUAAGAUAUGGGACUACGCGAUUGAAACAAGGUGGAACGCAACCAACGAAGACGGCCAUGAAUUCGACGAGCAUGUACACACGUUGGGAACACGUACCUGCACCUCCCAAGAAUCUUCCUCUGAAGAUUGUUCGUCGGGUGAUGCUCCACCUGGUGGUGCCUUGUUGCUAGUCACUGUCGAAACAGGCUCCUUCACGAACGUAACAAUCACAUGCACCUCGUGCGAAGACCUUGUUGCAGGCUGGCAUGAUGUUACUGGUGUUGAAUUCACUUGUGCCUGGUAUCGACAGAGUAACCGGUGCUCAUUGUACGGGGGCUAUUGGCCAAACAUGGGCUACACCGCGAACGAAGCGUGCUGCGGCUGCGGGGGUGGACAAAUUCCUCGAGACGACAACAGUACAAACAUAGAAAUAGUCCAGGAAAGCUCUCCAUGCAACGAAACGAGCCAGUGCUCUCACAGCGACGGGACCCCAUUAUUGGAAGAUAACGAGUUGGGCAAUGCUACCGAUGCACUAGUAAGAGGGGGGCACCGGCCAUUCGACUAGUGAUUAUAAGCAACAAGAAGAACAUGGAACGAUGGCAGCGGAUUGGCGGUCCAGAAUCCACCGCAUGUAUAAUGUACACUUAUUAAGUAUCAUUAGAUUAAAAUCGGACGGGCAAUAGCGCAGU